CAUCCUGUGAAAAAAGAAAAAAAAGGCAGUCAGAAUAUCUAUAAUAUAUAUAAUAUAUAAUAUAUGAAGAGAAUAUCUGUAAUAUAUAAAGAGAAAUAUAAGAGAAAAAUAAUACAAAGAAUGUUAUUGAACAGAAGAAUAUUUCAAAUUUUCUAUUUCUAUCUGGCUGCACAUUGUAAAGUUUCUUUGACCGGGCAAAGGUAUUUUCAUUAACGAGAAGGAGAAAUUAGACUGAAGUUGAUAAGAUCUGUCUAACCGAAGCGAAGUGGCGUUGAAGAAAAUUUGGAAAAUUUUGGAGAAGGCGGUGAAUCUGUUUUAUACACAAAUAUUCGAGGAACGUUAUUUUUCUUUUUUUUUUUACGGCAGUGUUUGCAGAAAUAGAAUUGAAGGAGAGAAAAAUGUCUGGAACUGUGAAAAAAUUUUUAGUGUUAUUGCAGAUUCUUUUUUGCGAAUUUACGAUUUGCACUGCUCGUUUAGAAGAACCACCGGUCAUAUAUUCGAUUCCUUUGGAAAACAAGACAACGACGCUCGACGAAUACAAAAAUUUACCUGUGGUUGGAAAAUGUUGCCCGAUAGGCGAAGUUUUUGUAAGAAACGUAACUGGAAAAGCGGUUUGCACAGUUAUGGAUCCCUUCAGUAUCGAAAAUUUCUCUCCUAUUUUCUAUAAUUUCAAUGAUUCUGGUUAUAGUUUCGGUAAGGUUCGAAGUACGUUUGUCGCGAUUAUUGGAAAUCCCUGUAAAUACAAAAAGUAUAUUUUAAAUUCAACCGAAGACGCGCAAGAUUUCCAUGUAUUAUUAACCAAUGGUUCGAUAUUUGCACGGGAACACGAUCCACGAAUAUUGCAACCUGGAAUCGAUUACUGCAUAGAAAUUAUUCCAGAGAUGGGAAUCAACACUUUUGUGUGUUUUCCUGAAGAUCGCGUAAUAAUAACCGCAGACUCUCGAAUUACGAUCUACGCUUGUGGCCUUUUGAUAUCCGUACCAUUCUUAAUUCUUACAAUCGCUGCGUAUUCCAUCACACCAGAGUUGAGAGACAUAUAUGGAAAAACAGUGUGUCAUUAUUGUGGAUGUUUGGCUCUUGCUUUCGUUAUGCUAGUAAUCAUACAAUUAUGGAAUAUAGAAUUGUCGAACCAAACUUGUACAAAUAUAGCAUUCAUUAUCCAAUUCUCCUUCAUCGGCUGCUUCUUCUGGCUAAAUGCGAUGUGCAUUGAAAUGUGGUUGGUAGUGCGUUUCUACGUCGGUAAAUGUAGGAACAGAGGAUACUGUCGGGAAAUCUGCGAGAGGACAGAAGCAAGAACGUUAUUCUUUUGGUACUCUUUAUGGUGCUGGGGUCCCUCGGUGAUACUUAUCCUUGUCUCAAUGAUCAUGGAUCUUAAUCCUAUGAUACCUUCGACUUACGUGAAGAAUUCCGGCAAGGAAAGUUGUUCGUUCAAAGCUGAAGACAAAGCGAUACCAUACUUUUAUGUACCAAUUGGUUUACUUCUCCUCGGGAAUAUAAUUCUUUUUAUUUUAACUUUCAUCAAAUUGACUAAAUAUCAAAGGCAACUUGACUUGAGACGUCUUAGGAGAAACGAACCAUCGGAUCAAGACGAUCGAAGGACUUUUCGAUAUUUAAUGAAAACCGAAAUUGUCUGCUUGCUAAUUUUUUUCUUGAACUUCUUCAAUUGGAUGAUGGAAUUAAUAUUCUGGUACAUCAAUGGAAAUUCCUUCAACUGGCCCUCCUUCGAUCUCGUAAACGCUCUUCAAGGUGUUUUUAUUUUUGGUUUAUUCGUACUACGAAGGCCACCGAGGGACUUUAUAUGGAAUAGAAUAAAAAAAUUUCGAGGUAUUAAUGAAAUACCAGAACGACAAAUUGGAAGCAUGGAAUUGGGUCUGCUUCAAAUGAUGAAUGGUGAUCCUAUGCCUAGAUAGACACGAUUAUUGUUUAAAAAUAAUUUAUUUUUCGAUCCUUUUUCAAAUUUGUUGAAACAUCAUAAAAGGAUUACAAAUCAACUGCCGAAAAUGCUUGAAAGUUCCUUGAAGAGAUGUACAAUUUUAGUAUAAUAUAUUUAUGAAGUAUUGAAUUAGUCAAAUAUUGACUAAAAAUCGUCAAAAAAUUGACGAUUUUUAUAUAUUUAUUUUAAACAAGACUUAUCGAAUUAUUAUUUAUUAAUUAAUUAACGAGUUAGAAGAAAUUAGUUAACUCACAUCACAUGAACAAUAUAUAUUUCAUUAACAUAUAUUUCAUCAUGCAUAACAAUUUAUUUUGUAUAUCAUCUUGAUUUUGAAUAAGCAAUGUGAUUUAUAAUUUAUUUAAAAGAAUUUGAUUAUGUAUUAUACAAAAAUACAAAAUACAAAAAUAAUUUUAUAUUAA